UGGGACUCCUUUCUCUGCCGGCGGCGGCGGAGGGAGCGGGCGGUGCUGCGGCGACGCCGCCGCCAUCUUGGAUUUUACUCUCCAUUUUUUCUCUGGAAUUAUUUUUUGGUGAUUAAUUUUCUUUGGGGGCGGAAAGGGCCGCGGGCAGCGCGUGCCCCGCACGGAGCCGCGGGGCAGCCGGGCCUCCGACCCCGGCCCCGUCCUCCUCCUGAGGGGGAGCGGGCGGCGCUCGGGCGGAGAGAAACUUGAAAUUAUUCUCUAAGCUAUUUGAAGAGAGUGACUAAAUGCCACUGGGUCGGGCUGUCUGUGGGUAUGAAGUGGUUGGGAGACUCCAAGAACAUGGUCGUGAAUGGCAGGAGAAAUGGAGGCAAGUUGUCUAACGAACACCAGCCGAGUCAAUCCAAAUUUCAGCACGCGGGAAAGGACGCCCUGAAAGCUGGCAGAAAUGCAGUUGAGAGGAGGUCAAGCAGAUGUAGCGGUGCUUCAGGGUUCGAGGGCCAGAGUCGCUAUGUUCCUUCUUCGGGGAUGUCUGCCAAGGAGCUAUGUGAAAAUGACGACCUAGCCACCAGCCUGGUGCUUGACCCCUACCUAGGCUUUCAGACCCACAAGAUGAACACGAGCGCCUUUCCUUGGAGGAGUUCCAGGCACUUCACUAAAUCGGACAGCUGCCCUCACACGCACCCGGUGAGAUUUCGUCCUAUUAAAGGAAGGCAAGAAGAGCUGAAGGAGGUGAUUGAGCGCUUUAAGAAAGACGAGCACUUGGAGAAGGCCUUCAAAUGCCUGACCUCGGGCGAAUGGGCACGGCACUAUUUUCUGAACAAGAAUAAGGCACAGGAGCGGUUGUUCAAAGAACACGUAUUUAUUUAUUUGCGAAUGUUUGCGACUGACAGUGGAUUUGAAAUCCUGCCGUGCAAUCGAUAUUCUUCAGAACAGAAUGGAGCCAAAAUCGUUGCGACAAAAGAGUGGAAACGGAACGACAAGAUCGAGUUGCUGGUGGGGUGUAUCGCUGAACUCUCGGAAAUAGAGGAGAACAUGCUUCUUCGACAUGGAGAGAACGACUUCAGCGUCAUGUACUCCACCAGGAAAAACUGUGCUCAGCUCUGGCUCGGUCCCGCCGCCUUUAUAAACCAUGAUUGCAGACCUAACUGUAAGUUUGUCUCGACGGGUCGUGACACCGCCUGUGUGAAGGCCUUGAGAGACAUCGAGCCCGGGGAGGAAAUCUCCUGUUAUUAUGGAGACGGGUUUUUCGGAGAAAACAACGAGUACUGCGAGUGUUACACUUGUGAAAGACGGGGAACUGGUGCUUUUAAGUCGAGAGUGGGGCUUCCCACCCCCACUCCCGUCAUCAACAGUAAAUACGGGCUGAGAGAGACCGACAAGCGCUUAAACCGGCUGAAGAAGCUGGGUGAUGGCAGCAAGAACUCGGACAGCCAGUCGGUCAGCUCCAACACGGACGCAGACACCACUCAGGAAAAAGCCGACGCGGCUGCUAACAGGAAACCGUCCGUCGGCGUAAAGAAGAGCAGCAAGAACCGAUCGCUCACGCGCCCGUCGUCGUCGGUGUCGCGGAUCCCGGCGGCCUCCAACUCUACCUCAUCGAAACUCACUCCUCUCCACAAUCCCAGGGUACCAAAGAAACUGAAAAGGCCUGUCAUCAAGCCUUUGCUCUCCAAGAUAAAGCUCAGAAACCAGUGCCGGCGGCCAGAGCAGAAGAGCUCCUCCAGAAAGCUAGAGGUGGGGAACCUGGUCCUCAAGGAGCCCAAGGUGGUUCUCUACAAAAACUUGCCCAUUAAAAAGGACAGAGCGUCGGAGGGAGCGGGGGGUGCCGCCGCGGCCGGCGGCUGCCUCACCCGCCACGCGGCCCGGGAACACCGGCAGGGGCCCCUGAACGGGGCUCCCGAGCAGGACGGGGAGUCCCCCUGCACCUACAUCACUCGGAGGUCAGUGAGGACGAGAACCGGGUGGAAGGAGACCUCUGAGCCCGCCCUCGAGCCGAGCCUGCCGGGCAGCCCUCCCGGCACCUGGACGGGCCCAGGCCCCGGCACAGACACGGACGCCACGGAACCACCCACCGCCCACGCGGUGCAUGACCAGCAAAAAGCCUACGAGUCCACUGCGUCCCCAAAGGGGGAGGGCAGGUCUCCAAAGGAGGACGCCAGCACGGCCAAAAAGAAAUCACGGCCAGGGAAGCUUCUGAAACCAUUUCCCAAAGUGGAGGAGCCCGCGCCGGCCCUGGACGCCCCCGAGAGCGACGAAGCAGUGCCCGCCCUCGUCGGCUCACACCCGACCAGAGGCCAGGGACAAAACAGAGGGGCCGCGGGCGCCAGGCUCACCUCCCCCGCCGGCGGGUUUCCGUGGGGCGCCCGCCAUUCAAAACGAACCUUUAGAACGCCAAAGCAAAAAAGGCGCAUCCACAGUCAUGCGCAGCAUCCCGAAAACACUCGGAUCCCCAAAUUGACUCUGCGGCGCCGCCACGACAGCACAUAA